AUGGUGGCGCCUUUAUUGUCCGGCUUCUGCCACCCUGUGCCUCUUUGCGGGGGGUAUCCUGCGCAGACGAAUUCGCCUCGGAUGCAAUUGUUACCUAUCAUGUUGGUCAGCAUGUCUAGUUCCGGGCUGUUACCGUUGGUGUUGGUGUUGUUGUUGUUGCUGCUGCUGCUGCUCCUUCUCCUUCUCCUGCUCGUACAAACACGUCUGAAAGGAGGACAAACUCACAUUCAGGCUUCUGCUCGUCGCACUUCUUCUUUCGCCUUCGACACGUCAGACAGCCAGUCUUCGUGCGGUUACUAAAAUUCCGCUUUCGC